UCCCCAACAAGAUGGAAGGAAGUAUCCUGAGCCGGGAGAAACGCACCCGACUGCGGGCACACGGGCACAUUGGUGGGAAAGGAACUGCUUGUAGAAAGAAGAAAGGGGUUCACAGAACAGCUUCAGCAGGUGAUAAAAAUCUUCAGUUGUCCUUACAGAAGCGAGGGGUGAGCAAUAUCUCUGGUAUUGAAGAGGUAAAUAUGUUCACAAAUGAAGGAACGGUGAUUGACCUCAACAGCCCUAAAGGUCACGCACCUCCGGCAGUGAACACUGGCUGCCUCACGGUGCACACAGCCCGCCCGCUGGAGGAGACCAGCCGAGCUCUGCCCCAGCAGCCUAUGGAUGGAAAAGCACCAUUUGCGACAGGAGAGGAGGAGGAUGAAGUUCCUGCUCUUCUGGAGAGUUUUGAGGAGGUUUCCAAGAAUGAAGCAAACUUGAAUAGAGUUAACUUCUGAAGAGGAUAAACUUGAAAAAGUUACUGAGACCUGCUAUUUUAUAUUAUUUAUAUUCAAAUUCCGUUCAUGGAUCUGACAAACUCUAUCUCUCUCAUAUUUUUAAGCCCUACUCCCUUGCCUACUGUAGCUCUUUUCAGGGUUUGCUUAUACACAAGCCAUCCUUUUCAGCUAAUUAAGCUGAAGAAGCCUGGGAAUAAAGUUUGAAACAAAGGUUAAUAAAGUUCUUCGCCUAGUACAGUUUUUUUAAAUUUCAUUGACAUU